CAUACCGGUAUCAUACGUACCUAUCAUAUCAUAUCGUGCCUGCUAUAGUAGCUGCCUACUUACCUACCGGUACCUACCUGCCUCCGUAUAGCUCUUCGUCUUCUCCCACGGUAUUUUCGUGCAAGCUCGACAACAGCAACGACCGAGCGACGGCCAUAACAGCAACUUCUCCAAGCAUAAAUAUUAUGGCACCGCGCGGUAGAGGUGGAAAGUUCGGCAAGCCUACUCGUGGUGGCGGCAAGCACUUCUCGAGAAAUCUAGCACCCCUAGAUAACGACGAUGGCGAGAGUAUUCCAGAGGGAAUGUGGGGCGAACCUCGCGACCCGAAACCCGAAAUCCCCUCCUCCGAGGACGAAGAUGAGGAGGAAGAGGAAGGAGAGGAAGGAGAAGGAGAAGACGCGGACAAGCCCGAACUAACCCGUGAAGAACGCCGCGCGGCAAAACAAGCCCGUAAAGAAGCCGCUCGCGCCAAAUCCACCGGUACCGUCGGUCAAUCCUCCCUCCCUUCUUCUGGGGAUGAAGACGAAGAGAUCACCACCCCCGCCGUUGAAAAGGCUAGGAGGAGUGUUAUCGCAACGGCGAAUCCCAACGCUCCCGGUAGCUCCGAUGGAGAGGCUGCCGCUGCUAAGGAGAAGUUUUGGAAAUUGCAGGAGGCUGGCAAGACUGAUCAGGCGAGGGCCGACCUUGCCAGGUUGGCGGUUAUUAGGAAGGAGAGGGAGGAGAAGGCGAGGCAGCGGAAGGCAGAGUUGGAGGAGAGGAAGGCUGCUGCUGAGGCGAAGGCUGCGGCCAGUGGGAGGAAGAAGUAGUAGUACUUUUGGGGGUGGAAGAUAGGGAUGAGGGGUCAUUCGGCUUGUGCUUUCCAAACUUUCUUUUUCUUUUCGUUACUUUUUAUUUAUUACACUCUUCUGGUACUGCAUCUGCCGUGUAAGUGUGUGGGGUCGGUAUACUCCCAGUGUGUUCCAUCAUAGAUAUCUUGGGGGAGUGCGAUACCGGUACUCGAUCAAAUAACUCUCAUCAUGGAGUAGCGGUAUCACACCUUACCAAAGCCACCGUCUUCGCGGGUCGUACUUUGAAACACACAGAUGGGCCACCACCACUAAUCCCGCCAACAACUUUCCUGGUGCGGCCAAUACAAUACGUCUCCGCCCUUACAUAAUUAUAGACCCCCCCCUGCCGCCAGUGGAUACCGCUGCGGACCGACUUGUUACUAUAAUAUUAUUACGGUAUCCUAACCUCGCU